AUGGAUGGGGUUGGGCGGAAGGUGCCAGCACGGCCGUUGAUGGACCAGCCUGUGGCCGACGUGGUGAAGGCACCGGCAUCGACCGUGUCCACCUCGAAGGAGGGGUUGUUGAGCGGGUACACGGUGACAGGUGUCGUGGUGGUGGUGGACGAGGAUGAGGUGGAGGUGGAGGUGGAAGUGGAGGUAGAGGAUGAAGAGGAGGUUGAGGUUGAAGUGGAGGUGGAGGUUGAAGUGGACGUUGAGGAGGAAGACGAUGUGGACGUGGAUGUGGAUGUGGAGGAGGAGGAAGACGUGGAGGUGGAGGUGGACGAGGUGGUGGACGACGAGGUGGAGGAUGAAGUGGAGGUGGAGGUUGAUGAAGAAGACGACGUGGAUGUGGAUGUGGAGGACGAUGAGGACGUGGACGUCGAAGUGGAGGAAGAGGAAGAAGUGCUGGUUGAUGUGGACGAGGAAGACGAGGAGGACUAUGCCGAGCAAAAGAUCAGCGGGUGGCGGUAG